AUGGACUCCGAUAUUUACCCCCACAGAGGCUUCAUGCUGGACACAGGCCGGAAGUUUUUCCCAGUCCAAGCCAUUAUCAAUCUCCUGAUACUACUGCACCAAUACAACUUCAAUGUAUUCCAUUGGCACAUAUACGAUGCAGAGAGCUUCCCGCUUUACUGGCCGGCGGAUGGUGUGUUGACUGAGGUGAGUCUGAAAUACAGUCAUACUCGCCAAUACUACACGCCUGAGGACAUUCGGUAUAUCGUCACGUAUGCAGAAGGAUUGGGUAUUGAAGUCUAUCCGGAGACGGAUAUGCCUGGACAUAGUGACAUAUGGGGAUACUGGAAACCAGACCUAAUAGUUGGGAAUCCAGACCUAAAGCAUCCAAACGCUCAACUCGACAUCAGAAAUCCAAUGAUAUAUGAUUAUAUAGUCGAUCUGGUUUCCACCGUCGACAAAUACUUUCUCUCUAAAGCCUUACACCACUUUGGCGGCGAUGAAGUUGCCUUGAUAUGGCAUACAGAAGACGACAGUAAUCUCCUCACGACAUUCUUUAAAUGGCUCAAAACCGUCUGUUGUCCAAGCAAAACGCUGAUUAUGUGGGAUGACCCCGCCACCGACGAGGGAGAUAAUGGAAACGGCCUAAACGACAUCUCCACGGAUUGGGUGGUUCAAACCUGGCAUAAUGGUGUUACGCAAAGAGUGCUUGAUAAGGGCCACCGCGUUAUUGUCUCGGAGUCUAAUAGUUUUUAUAUUGGGAAUGCAGACUAUGACAAAGUCUCCUCGUUUGUAUUUCCGGUUCAUCCGAAUGUGUUGGGGUUUGAAAUUGUUUGGUUUACUUCGGAGAAUGAUGAUCCUGAUGACCUGGAUCAAAACUGGAUUAUAGAGCCUCUGAGGGCUGCGUCGAGAAUUCGAAGGAAACCGAGCUGA